UAGGUUUAAGCAAAUAACUUGUAAUACACCUACAGUAAAUAUAAUUCUACUAUAAAUAUACUUAAGAUGCGCCUUAAAUUUAGUCAGUGUCCGUCUAUUUAGCGAAUAUGAAUCGUACACCUUUUGUGUUCAUUGUGUUUCUAAAUUUAGUUCUGAUAAAAGGGAAGGAUGUUACUCCCAAAAAUGAUCUAGAAAGGAAAAUGUUAUAUUUAGUGGAUAAAUGGCGGACCGGGGAUUUAGACGCGCUUCCUUAUCCCAUGCCACCUCUGGAUGAGUGGAGAAUGCCACCUUUCGAGGGAAAAUACAAUGGUCUGGGUCUGCAAAUGACAUUUUCUACAACAGGGAUGUUGAUAACCGGCUUAAAUAAUUUUACUAUUACGGAGAUGAAUAUAUCGGAGGAAAAUUUAGAAGCUUCAGUAGUCCUCAAUUAUCCUUUUGUUAAUAUGGAAGCAGAUAACUACAAAUUAAACGGUCGUGCGUAUGUCGUUUAUAAAUUAAGAGGUUCAGGACGCAUGAACGUUCGAGUUCGUAACACUAAGCUGGUAUUUGGAUUUCGUGUAAAUAACAACGGUUCAAAACCUGUUGUAGAUGACUUGCAACUUGAUUAUGAAAUCGAGUCUUUGGAGGUUGACUUAGAAAACAGUUCGUGGCCCAUUAACAAGAUUUUAAAUACCGAAGGCUUAAAGAUUAUGAACAAACACCAUGAUAAUAUCAUAACUCAGACCAGAACUAACAUGAUUGAGUUUCUCAAUGAGUUUUUAUUGGAAAUGCCACCAGAAAGAUUUUUCGCCAUCAUGGAAACUGUUAACUGUUCAUGUUUAGAGGGAACUACGAUUACUCCCUUGGAAUAAUUAAGUUAACACAGCUAUCAAUUUUUAAAAAAAUUGCUAACAUUUAGGAAUUUUAUAUUUAGGUUGUGUAACAUUACGUUGAAGGAAUAUAAAUUCAUAAAGUUUUGGUAAAUACCCGUUAACUGUAUUAAAAAAAUAUGUAAGUUUUUGUUUAUGUUUGAUUUAACACAAUGAACAUUAAGGUUGGUACUAUAUUAAAACCACGUAAAAUAUACCUUAUCUACGAUUAUUUUAGCGGAAGAAUUAUUGUACGGAGUUCUGAUUUUGUAAGAAUAUAAUAAUAACACAA